AUGCUUCUCUUCACAGCGCUGCGCCCCCUGCUGGUGAGCCGAGCGGCUGAGCAGCUCGUCACUUUGACGACUUUAACGUUUACAACGUUUGUUUCCUGUUUCAGGUUCGACACGAUCAUCGUCAUCUCCGCUCUCAUCGCUACGAUCAUCAACUCCGCCGUGACGCCGAUCGGGGGAAUCACCAGUCGUCAGAUCCUGGACAUAGUCUUCAUCCUGAGAGUCCUCAGACUGAUCCGGGUCGUCGACAGCAUCAAGAGGUUUCGUACCAUCAUCAACACCCUGAUCCGGAUCGGACCCGCCAUCCUCACGUUCGGACAGCUGAUCGUUGUGAUAUACUACAUCUUUGCGAUGGUGGGGAUGGAGCUGUUCAAAGGGAAGGUGAGGUACGUGGAGGACCUGACCGACGAGACCAGGGAGUACUGCGGGAACGUUCUGCUGAACGGAUCCACCUUCGCUCAACUCAACUACUGCAAGAACAACUUCAACAACGUGGUCUCCUCCUUCAUCCUGCUGGUGGAGCUCACCGUGGUCAACCAGUGGCACGUGCUCAGCAGCGGCUUCGCCUUGGUCACACACGUGUCCGCUCAGCUCUUCUUCAUCCUCUUUCACAUCAUCGUCGUCAUCAUCAUCAUCAACAUCUUCGUGGCGUUCGUCCUGGAGGCGUUCUUCUUGGAGUACUCGGUGGAUAAGGGGGACCUGCAGUCGUCUCUGGAGAAGAAGAUCGAGGAGCUGGAGCUGGCCGUGGCUCAGGAGAAGGUGGAGGAUAAUUUGGUGAAUGCCAUGGAAACCUGCGACAACGACCUGGGAACCGUCCAAUCAGCAAACAGCAAACCCACCCUGAUGUUUAAGAUCGCUUCAAAAAGGUAUCGGACCGUGGACGCUCUGCUGCAGCGGAUGUUCGAGGCCGAUCUGGACCCCAAAGACCUCGCGGAGGCCGACGACCCCGACGGGAACUUCUCCAACCCGACGUUCAGCCCAGCCUAGAGCUCAUGUACAGAUUUAUAAAUAAAGGGAACCAGAUUCAUAUAUGAAGCUUUUUAUACUCAGACCUGAAGAGUCCAGGACCACCAGUCCACAUGUAGUGUUCUAUUUUUAUACGUGCUCCUGUCGCUCUGUGAAGAAUGUAUUUCUACAUAAAGAUUAUUUACACCCUUCA